UAAGCAAGGUGAAAAUGCAUACAUUGUGCAAAAAUGAAAAGUGAUGUAAAAAUAUAUAAAAUUUAAAAAUUAAAAAAAAGUUCACACAGCUUGAAAUUGAGGCAUCUCAGAGAGAUCAGGUAGCUCACAGAUUCCAAACUCCCAGUUACAGGUGUUACCAGACUACCAUUAAAUUAGGUGCAGAUCAGAAUCACCUGGAGAGUGCUUACAACUAGGCCUUCCUGGGUACUCAGCUUGCUGAACAGGAAGUUUGCACGAGGCCAAGGAAUGUGUGUACGGUUUUCAGCAAGUUUUUGGAUCAGUUUUACCGUCUGUGGGUGAAGUUUUGGGAACCACUGGAUACACCGUUUGUCAUUUUCACUCGCAGUCAACUAAGGGAUUCUGGCUCACAAUGGCCAAUGAUCAAGAGAAAGACUUGCAGAAAUUUCUUAAAAAUGUGGAUGAAAUCACCAGUUUGAUCCAGGAGAUGAAUUCUGAUGACCCAGUUGUCCAGCAGAAAGCUAUCUUUGAGACAGAAAAGAGAUUGCAAUUUGCAGAGGAUGUCCAAGAGGAAGACGGCUGCAGGACCACUUUGAACAAGACCAUGAUCAGUCCUCCACAAGCUUCUGUGAAGAAGAAUGCAGAUGAAAUAAAUUCAGAGACCUUCUUGGCAUCUGUGGAGAAGGAUGCAAAGGAACGUGCCAAGAGAAGAAGGGAAAACAAAAUCUUAGCAGAUGCUCUAAAGGAAAAGGGGAAUGACGCAUUUGUCAAAGGUGAUUAUGAAGCAGCUAUCCGGUGCUACAGUGAAGGAUUGGAGAAGCUGAAGGACAUGAAAGUGCUAUAUACCAACCGAGCCCAGGCUUACAUAAAAGUUGGGGACUACCAGAAGGCACUGGUGGAUUGCGACUGGGCUUUGAAGUGUGAUGAGAAAUGCACAAAAGCAUAUUUCCACAUGGGAAAAGCCCACCUCGCCCUGAAGAACUACAGUACGUCUAGAGAGUGUUUUCAGAAGAUCUUAGAAAUAAACCCCAAGCUGCAGACACAGGUGAAAGAUUACCUGAAUCAAGUGGAUCUUCGGGAGAAAGCAGACCUUCAAGAGAAGAAAGCACAUGAGUUGCUGGAAUCAGGAAAGAACACAGCUGUGACGACCAAGAAUCUCCUGGAGAGUCUUUCCAAACCUGAUCAGAACCCCUUAUUCUAUGCAGGGGGCAUUGAAAUCCUGACUGAAAUGUUGGAGGAUUGCACAGAACGGACUUUAUUCAGAACACACAGCGGGUUUAGUAUCAUCACUGAGAAUGAGGUCAUAAGAAGGUGCUUUUCCACAGGAGGAAAAGAUGCAGUGGAGGAGACUGUGUGUGUGUCAGUCCUCCGGCUCUGGCAGGCGGUGUGCAAAGAGAACGAAGAAAACCAGCGCCUGCUUGUGAUGCACCCUGACAUGGGCAGGUUGCUGCCCUCCCUCUUGGCCUGCGGGGUCCUGACCAUCCAGCAGCAGAGCCUGGCCCUGCUGCUGCAGUUCGCGCAGACAGAGAACGGACGGGGCCUGAUCAUCAGCCACCUGGACCUCACCCAAUUGUUGGAAGCCCUGGUAUCAUUUCUUGAUUUCUCAGAUAAGAAGGCCAACUCAGCCAUGGGACUACUCACAGACUUGACUCUGGAAGAAAGGUUCCAAGUCUGGUUCCAGGCCAACCUUCCAGAUGUUCUCCCUGUGUUCACAGGCAUUCUGAAGAGAGACCCCAAGGUGACCAAGUCCUCAGCUUUUUGCCAGUGUCUUGCCAUCAUAGGAAACCUCAGUGCUGAGGCUGCUGCCAGACAGCAGAUGGCAACCUCUGAAGAAUUUGGAAACGCCUGUUUGGGCCUCAUGGUCAGGUGUGAGGAGGAUGUGGACUUGUUCAGAGAGGUCAUAUAUGCGCUCCUGGGACUCAUGAUGAACUUGUGUCUUCAGUCCACCUUUGUCUCUGAGGUGUGGGCUGCGGAGGUGAGCAGAAGGUGUAUGUCACUACUGAACAGCCAGGAUGGAGGAAUCCUGACAAGAGCUGCUGGUGUGCUGAGCCGCACCCUUCCUUCCUCUCUGAAAAUUGUUGAGGAGGCUGUGAGGGCAGGAGUGGUAAAGAAAAUGAUGAAGUUCCUGAAGACAGGAGGCCAGACCGCGUCACGUUAUGCUGUGAAGACGCUAGCUAUCUGCACUAAUAGUUUUCACGAAGCACGAGAAGAAGUGAUAAGACUGGAUAAAAAGUUCAGCAUCUUGAUGAAGCUGCUCAGCUCAGAGGAUGAGAUCCUGGUGGGCAAUGCCGCCCUGUGUCUGGGGAACUGCAUGGAGGUGCCGCAAGCCUCGGCCACUCUGCUAAAGACGGACAUCGUGCAGGUCUUGUUGAAGCAGGCAGGCAAUGACUCACAGAAGACGGAUGUGCAGCUGAAUGCAGGCAUCGCCCUGGGGAAGCUAUGCACCGUGGAGCCCAGGUUUGCUGAUCAACUGAGACAGCUUCAUGGGUUAGAAAUCCUCCACUCGACCACGAAGUACAUCAGUGAUUCCUGAGAGGCGUGGGAUCUGUGUGCAUUUUUACAACACACCACUGUAUGCCAUGGGUUUUUCCUAUAUUAAUAAAGACUUUAAAAAUGUCCACUCGAAUUGCAUUGAUUUCCCAGUGAGUCUGCCCUGUUGGUUUCCACUGGUGAUGAGAGAGGAGAUGGGCAGCAGACCAGCUGCUGGGGUAGCACUGCACUGGCCUGCUCAAUGCCCAUCCCAGCCUCCUAAGGCCCUUGCUGUUCCACAGAGGCAGGCAACCAACAAACAAAACUACAUUUCCCAGACUCAUUUGUAAGCAACACCUCUAGAUGGGAACCAGAUUCGGUAAAACUAACGCCAUCCUGCCCUUUUACUGUUUUCUUCCAGCAAUACUCUAGAAACAUCAGGUUUUCCAACUGGGGUAUCUUGGUGUCCAUUGUCCAGUCCUGGAGUGCCCAGAGCCAAAUUCAGUGGCACCAGCAGGGGCGGCAGCUUCCUGAGGCCUAGCCAGCUGCUAGGACUUUUGGGACCAAAGUCCCAAAGACUGGUGUUCCUUCUCUGCACCCUGGCAGCGGUGUGACUUUGAGCAAGUCUGUCAACCAUUCUGAGCUUUUAUUGCUGCUUCUGGUAAAGCUACAAUAAUACCUGUCCAGUCUGUCUCCUACGUUGCUAUGAAGAUUUUAGUUUGACUUUUAAAAGUUUUUUUUGGUGAAAACACUUUGGGAAUUAUGAAGUAUUAAACAAAUAUAAGUGAUAACCACUUUCUAUCUUGAGGUGGAGGGGUUGUCAAUGAUGUCAGUUGGGUUAAAUUUGAGGGACUGAAAAAGCACAGCAUGUGUCCUUUACGGAAUCAGAGCUGGACAUUUUCUGGAGCAGAGGAUAAGAAAUCAUCUUCUGGGAGAUUUUACUCAUCACACCCAAAGAAACUGUUCUUGUGGUGAGGUGGUCCUCAAAUUAAGAACUUUGCUCCUGAAGCCACACUAACUUUGGAGACUGGGAAGAAAGUAAGAAAUGGACCCUCACUUUUGAGUGUACUGAGAGGGGCUGGAGUAGCUGGGAAGACUCUCUGCUGGUGCCAGAGCACUGUCCCUGGGGCCAAGCCCUCUGUGGCUGCAGUGGAGAGGCUGCCAUCUGCCCCCUCAGUCCUGCUGUGCGCACACACACCCCUCAAGAGGCUGCUGAAUUGAAAAGGGAGAUGGCCUGACGCGGAACUGCACAAAGAGGAAAAUUAGAGGCUGCAGAAUUUGCUGUUUUGGGAGGGAAUUCAGUGGAGCUAUAAAAAUGGAAACGUCUACCUGUGUACAUAACGCACAGGUCUGUUGCCUCUGAUUUGAGACUCAGGCCCCUCCUCCCACUGACUGUCUGUACUCCUCUUCCCUGGCGCUGGAAAAUGGUUAUUAUGCAUGUAAUCUCUUCCCCCAAAGAGUCGGGAAUGUCAACUUGAUAGUAUCAUUGUUUCAAGGUAUGUGAGGUGGUAAUCUCUGCUUUGCAGGAGGCUGUGGCUGCACUGCGGCUCCCCCGUCUCACUGGUGGAGAGAGAUUUUAUGUACUGGUGUUCUCCAUCUCCCCGGGCAGCCUGCCUUCUUAACCUUGCUCCCUCU